ACCUAGCUCUGAGGUUGUAAGGACGUUCAUUGUGUUUUGAAAGCAACUUUUUAAUAUUUGAAGUUUUAGAGAAAAGUGUUGUUUUAUUCCCAACAGUCUCUCCUCUUCCUUCCUCCAUGGAUCUGCUUAUUCAGGACAGCCCUGAUUCUUCCACCAGCCCCAGAGUAAAACCACUGCCCACUUCUGCAGAAAGCAGCACAGAGAAGCAGGAAGAGAAGGUCCAGGCCAAGAAACAGAAGGUCAGAACCGUGUUCUCCCAGACCCAGCUGUGUGUGCUCAAUGACAGAUUCCAGAGGCAGAAAUACCUCAGCCUCCAGCAGAUGCAAGAACUUUCCAACAUCCUGAACCUUAGCUACAAACAGGUUAAGACCUGGUUCCAGAACCAGAGAAUGAAAUGUAAGCGGUGGCAGAAGAACAACUGGCCAAGGAACAGCAGCAGCAUGACUCAGGGCUCAGCAACCACAGAAUACCCGGGCCUCUAUUCCUACCACCAAGGAUGCCUGGCGAAUACUUCUGGAAACCUUCCCAUGUGGGGCAACCAGACCUGGAAUAGCCCAACUUGGAACAGCCAGACCUGGAACAGCCAGUCUUGGGGCAGUCACUCCUGGAACAGUCAGCCCUGGUGCCCCCAAGCCUGGAAUAACCAGACUUGGAACAACCAGGCCUGGAACAGUCAGUUCAACAACUGUGUCGAGGAAUUCCUGCAGCCCCACAGCCAGCUCCAGCAAAACUCUCCUUUCAGUGAUUUGGAGGCCGCCUUGGAAAGUGCUGGGGAAAGCCAUAAUGUAAUACAGCAAGCUGCUAAGUAUGUCAGUCCCCAGCAGCAGAUCAUGGAUUUAUUCCCCAGUUACUCCAUAAACAUGCAGCCUGAAGAUGUGUGACGAUGGCUAUGUCAUUCAGUCUCAGUGACUGUAUUCCUUUUCUAGGCUUUUUCUUUUAGAGUUCUGUAUCUCUGCCUUGAUAGCCUGUGUUUCAUGAUGACUUUGUGUCAAUUUGGGAGGGUGAGAGGGUAGGACUGGAGUCUAAUCAAAGAGUUUCCAGUGGCAGUGGCUUCUGCAGACAUGAUAAAAGUUCUUGUUAUAGACAACUAGAUAGAAUAACUAAUUUUUGGAUAUCUUUAGGAUGUAGAAUCUGACUUCAAGAAUAGGGAGCAGAAAUACAAAGAUGUGUGGGGAAGGACUGUUCUUAUUUUCUGAGUUGAGGAGGCUUUACUUAUGAAGACCCAGUUGAGUUAAGGUGAAGGUUAUGCGACAGUGCACCUCACUGACUUCCUCUGCCCCUUUUGCUGUUUUAUUUCAACCCCUAAUUUGUUCAUCAUGCUAGCAUUUUGCAGAAAAAUGUUUUGUAUUUUGCACAUCAUGAUAAUGGUACCCAGUUUGGCUGGUUGGUUUUUUAUAAGUGUAUGUACAAAUAAAUAAAACAUCCAUUUUACCUUUAGUUGUCUCUACCCUGAUUUCACCCAGUGGUUCAAUGAGUAAAAAUUUGACUAAACAUGGGAAUAUUUUUUGAUAUGGGGGGAAAAAUUGAACUGAAAUCUUUUAAGCCAUUGAGGAGACUGCUGUCUUAAGAAAGUGAGUCAAGGAAAGGUAACCAGUACACAGUGCUAGGUGACUGAUUAGUUAAUUAAACCUGGACAAACGUACCUCCUCCUUGUAUUGUGAUACUGAAACAAGAAGAUGUGUGGUUACUUGCAGUUAAAGAAGACUGCCAUGUCUGGAAGAUCUGGAGCAAAGAAGCGACAAAUGAGAGCUCUUAGGUUUGUAAAAGGCUGAACGAAGGGCAGCUGGGAGGGGAGGCAAAUACUGGAAAGCAGAGGAAGCUAAG